AUGUGGAUGAGGGGCUCCUCUGUUCCAGCGGUUGUGUGGAAACCGCUUCACCACCCGCUUCUCCUCGUCCUCCUCCUGCUGCUUCCAGGCAGAGGCGUCAACGCCGUCCCUUCUCCUUUCCAGCUGGCUCCGGACACCCCUGCCCCGGCAGAGCCCACCCCAACCCAGCCUGCACCUCGUCCAGACCCCUGCAAAGGACGGCCCUGCCUGAAUGGGGGGCUCUGCCUGGCCCUCCCUUCUCCUCUCAGGCCGGAGGGGACCGGGGAGUACACGUGCACCUGCAGCCAGGGCUUCAUUGGACACAACUGUGAGUUUUUCAUGGACCCCUGUGCCAGCAGCCCCUGUCUCCAUGGUAACUGCAGCCGGAGCGAUGGUGGGGAGGACGGGGAGUCGGCGUACAUGUGCGAGUGCACCGAAGGCUACGAGGGAGAGAGGUGUGAUCAGAUCCUAUUAGACCUGCCGCCCGCUGACUGGGACCCUGCCACCCCCUCUGCUCCCGAACCAGCAACCCCAGCAACUUCCACGACAACAGCCACCACUCAGCCACAGCCACCAACCACAGUCCCAACAACCACAACCACACCGGCACCUCCAACCCUGCAGCCGUGGCAACCUAAACCGGGACAGAGGCUGCUUGUCGUACCAUGGGAGGCAGACAGAGUGAUGGAGGGUCUGCACUGUGUGAGCCCUGAGCUGUGUGAGCUGACAUCAGGAACGCUCACUCUGUCCGUGGAGGUGCCUGAAGAGACUGCUGUGAAGGUGGUGGUGAACGCCAGCGGAGCACCGGUGCUGUGGUGCGUGAGUGAGGAUGGUUUCCUCCGCUCCUCAAUUCUGAACGGCACCACCAUGUGGUUUCUGCAGGCCCCUGAUGGACUGGUGGUGCCAGACAAGCUGCUGCCUCUGGGACAGAACUACUUCCUCAGUGUGAUGCGUGUGGGCACCCCCACAGCCCCCGAGGUCACCCUGCGUCUCAACCUGACGGUGAAGGCCAGCAGCUGCGUGGAGCCCGGCAGCAGCUUCAGUGACCCUCAGUGUUCUGGGAAAGGAAAAUGUGUCACGCAGCCCUCGGAGAGCACCUUCUUCUGCGAGUGUGAGGACGGCUUCACGGGGAUUUUUUGUGAGGAGUUUGACGCCUGCCACCGCAGACCCUGCCGCAACAACGGCACCUGUGCUGAUGUCAGACAAGGAGGAGAAGGGAACAAUUUCACGUGCACCUGUCAGCCAGGUUAUGAGGGGGAGCGCUGCCAGCUGCAGGUUGACCACUGCCUCUCUGAGCCCUGCAGACAUGGAGCCACCUGCUUCAGCAGCCUGGCAGGACCCCGGUGCUACUGUCCCGAAGGUUACCAGGGUGCUUCAUGUGAACAGAAGGUGGAUCCCUGCGCCUCCAGCCCAUGCCACAAUAAUGGCACAUGUUACGCUCAGGGCCCCGGCCCCCUAGGGUUCGCCUGUAGCUGCACUUCUGGCUUCACAGGACCCACUUGUGCCCAGCUGGUGGACUUCUGUGCCCUGAACCCCUGCGCCCACGGGGUCUGCCGCAGCGUGAGCAACAGCUACAGGUGUCUCUGUGUCCCAGGUUACCAUGGCUUGUACUGUGAGGAGGAGUACAAUGAGUGUCUGUCUGCUCCCUGCCAGAACUACGCCACCUGCAGGGAUCUCAUCAACGCUUAUGAGUGCGUCUGCACGCCACAGUUUGAAGGAAGACACUGUGAAAUCUACAAGGAUCCAUGUUUGAAGGUACGCUGCCAGAAUGGAGGCCGCUGUGAGAGUGUGGCACUUAACGCCUCCUGUGCCUGUCCACCCGGGUACCAAGGGGAGAAGUGUGAGGUCGACAUCAACAAGUGCGAGAGCAACCCCUGUCACCAUGGCGGCACCUGUGUCGACCAAUCAAACGGCUAUACCUGCCACUGUCCACCUGGGUGGGUGGGCUCCAGCUGUGAAAUCCACCUGCAGUGGAAGCCUGCACAUACUGAGGACUCCCUGACCAACAUGCCUCGGCACUCCCUCUACAUCAUCAUCGGGGCUCUGUGCGUGGCGUUUGUCCUCAUGCUCAUCAUCCUCAUUGUGGGCAUCUGUCGCAUCAGCCGCAUCGAGUACCAGGGAUCGUCACGUCACGCCUACCAGGAGUUCUACAACUGCCGCAGCAUCGACAGCGAGUUCAGCAACGCCAUAGCGUCCAUCCGUCACGCCAGAUUUGGGAAGAAGUCUCGGCCUGCCAUGUACGACGCCACUCCCAUCGCCUACGAGGACUACAGUCCUGAAGACAAGCCUUUGGUUACCCUCAUCAAGACGAAGGAUUUGUAAAACAUAGCCAUCUCAAACUAUCCAAGCUGGGAACACACACACAUUCACAGACACAUACAUACAUGACAUCAUUAUAAAGUUACAAGUAUUUCCUAUAAGGGGUGGAAAAAACCCGGCAAAUUCAACUGAAUGUAAAGUGUGAAAAAACAUACUGUAGUUAAAAAAAAAAAACACUUUUGAUUUUAGUACACAUAUUUUCCUGUCAAAGUCAACAAUGAAGCUUUGUUGUAGCAUAAGAGCAUACUUAAGUUACAGAUGAAGGGCAACGGAGUGAACCAGACUGUCUGUAGGUGGGGGCAGAACGCGGCAGAUCACACUGAAACAACCCCAGAGGUGUUGGAGAAUCAGACGCACCUCACACGGUCACAUCCACUCAAUCUGUUCCUGCAUUAAAAACCAUAGACAUCUGCAGUAGGUUGCCUUACUUUGUGCAUGGUUAGAUUCGGUGUUCCUCUUUGCAAUACUCUAAAACCCUUCGUACCCGUUUGUUGUUUUUAUUUUUCAGUGCAGACGUGUUCUUCUGUCAGGAUUGUGCUGAAUGUUUUCUUCCUCGUGGUUAGCAGAUGAAAUGCGUACAAAUAUAAAAUGUUAGUCACAUGAUUUUAGUUUUUAUUUUCAUGCUCAUUUACGACGGCCUCGUUCUUUACAGUGCGCGGUGUAAGAAUAGUGAAGAAGGCGGGUCUGCUGGAGAUCAGAGGCCCUGCAAGAAAACCUCCUGUGUGUCUUUCAGUGAUAUUUAGGAAAAUAGGUAGAUGGAUUUCACACUUUCACAGGUUUAAAGAAAAGUAGUCUAUUUUGCUCGGUGUACCUGUUUAUCCCGGUGUACAGCUUCACCCCUAGUGCAGGCAGUGUUGAAGAGUUUCUGGGUGCAAGUUACUUUUUGAGUGUGGCACGUUCAAAGCCACAGAGUUUACAAUGGAAAACAGCA